GUGCUUGGAGCCCGCAGGCGCCUGCCCCGCGGACAGUGGCCUUGGCAGCAGGAGUUCGCGCCCCGGCCUGGCCGUCUGCGCCUUCCCCGGGUCCCUCCCUCGUUCUCGUGUCUCCCUUCCCCUGGUCCCCGCCCCCAUGGAGCAGCUGCUGCGCACCGAGCUGCGCACCGCGACCCUGCGCGCCUUCGGGAGCCCGGGCGCCGGCUGCAUCAGCGAGGGGCGCGCCUACGACACGGACGCGGGCCCCGUGUUCGUCAAGGUCAACCGCAGGACGCAGGCCCAGCAGAUGUUUGAGGGGGAGAUGGCCAGCCUGGAGGCCCUCCGCAGCACUGGCCUGGUGCGGGCACCUCGGCCCAUCAAGGUGAUUGAUCUGCCUGGAGGUGGGGCUGCCUUUGUGAUGGAGCAUCUGAAGAUGAGGAGUUUGAGCAGUCAGGCGUCAAGACUUGGAGACCAGAUGGCGGAUUUGCACCUUUACAACCAGAAGCUCAGGCAGAAGUGGAAGGAGGAGGCGAGCACAGUGGGCUGGAGGGCUGAGGGUGCCGAGCCCCAGUAUGUGACCAAGUUCGGCUUCCACACGGUGACGUGCUGCGGCUUCAUCCCGCAGGUGAAUGAGUGGCAGGAUGAUUGGUCGACCUUCUUCACCCGGCACCGGCUCCAGGCACAGCUGGACCUCAUUGAGAAAGACUAUGCUGACCGAGAGGCCCGAGAACUCUGGUCACGGCUACAGGUGAAGAUCCCAGAUCUGUUUUGUGGCCUAGAGAUUGUCCCUGCCCUUCUUCAUGGGGAUCUCUGGUCGGGAAAUGUGGCUGAGGAUGACACGGGGCCCAUUAUUUAUGACCCGGCUUCCUUCUAUGGCCAUUCUGAGUUUGAACUGGCAAUUGCUUUGAUGUUCGGGGGGUUUCCCAGAUCCUUCUUCACUGCCUACCACCAGAAGAUCCCCAAGGCUCCAGGGUUUGACAAGCGGCUGCUGCUCUACCAGCUCUUUAACUACCUAAACCACUGGAACCACUUUGGGAGGGAGUACAGGAGCCCAUCUCUGGGCACCAUGAGGAAGCUUCUCAAGUAGCAGCCAGCCCAUGUCUUCUGCUUAGCAGAUGAUGAAGGCACCAACACCAGAGGUGGCUUCAGGGACAAAUAAAGCCAAUGGAGGUUUCAGG